UCGUAAUGCUACGGAAGUAUAACGCCGUUAAAUGCGCUGCGCCUCCUGCAUUCGCAUGCAGACGUUCUUGUCAGCGAGAGGAGACUCUGCUUCUGUUCGUGUCGUCAGUAUGGUGUCUGUGGAAACAUCGGUCGCCAGGCCGUACCACCUCGUUGUUUUUGGCGCCUCUGGAUUUACAGGCCAGUUUGUGGUGGAGGAAGUGGCCAGAACUGUGUCGGAGGGUCCGGGAGGAACCUUGAGAUGGGCCGUGGCGGGCAGGAGCCGAGCGAAGCUGGAGAAAGUCCUGGAGCAGGCUGCUCUCACCCUCAGUAAGCCAGAGCUGAGGACGGGCGUGAACAUUAUUGUGGCAGAUGUGGGCGAACCAGACUCUCUAGCAGCCAUGUGCAAACAGGCAGUGAUUGUUCUCAACUGUGUGGGGCCUUACAGAUUCUAUGGUGAGCCAGUUGUUAAAGCCUGUGUGGAGAAUGGAGCCCAUCAUAUUGACAUCUGUGGUGAGCCUCAGUUUCUGGAAGGUAUGCAGUUGAACUACCACAGCCAGGCAGCUGACAGAGGCGUGUACAUCAUUGGGAGUUGUGGAUUUGACUCCAUACCAGCGGACAUGGGAGUUCUCUACACCAGGGAUCAGUUCAAGGGUACACUGACUGCAGUGGAGAGCUUCCUGACCGUCGCCUCAGGUCCUGAUGGUGGAUGUAUCCAUGAUGGCACAUGGCAGUCGGCCAUCUACGGUUUUUCUGACAGCCAAAAACUGCAAAGUCUCAGGAAGAAGUUUAAUUACAAGCCCCUCCCUGUUGUUGGCUCAAAGCUUAAACGCAGGGGUACAUUGUUCUACAGUAAUGAGAUCCAGCAGUAUGCUGUGCCCUUCAUGGGUUCUGAUCCCUCCGUAGUUAAGAGAACACAGAGAUUCCUGGUUGAGGAGCAUCAAGCCACACCGGUCCAGUAUGGGGCUUAUGCAGGAAUAGGAGGUAUUGGCAAUAUUUUGAAGUUGAUGUUCACUGGCAUGAUGUUCUGGUUUUUGGUAAAGUUCAACUUUGGAAUCGACCUGCUCAAAAAGUACCCGGAGUUUUUCUCCUUUGGUGUUUUCUCAAAGGCUGGACCAUCAAGGAAGCAGAUGGAAGAUGCAUCCUUUCAGUUUUCUUUUUACGGAGAGGGAUACACUGAGGAACAGGACCCUUCUGAGGGAAAACCUAAAGGGAAGAUCCGCACGCUGGUUCAGGGCCCAGAAUGUGGCUAUGUGGCCACGCCCAUUGCCAUGGUACAGGCUGCUCUUACAAUUCUCAAUGAAGUCAAAGAUUUGCCAAAGACGGGCGGGGUGUAUACUCCAGGAGCUGCUUUUGCACAUACCACAUUGAUCAACCGCCUCAACAAGCAUGGCGUCCAGUUUUCUGUCAUUUAAUGUUUGUACUUUCUGUGAUGCUAUACAGCAGCACCGCACACAGCUGUUAUUAAAAACAUCAAGGAAUUGUGUUGCUUUAGCUGUGAACAGUGUCAUUUUCCAAUAACUUUCAUCAUUUCUGCUUGUAAGAAUGUUAACUGUGGCAGCGCUUCCAUAGACUACAUGGCGUAUGCAAGGUUAGUGAAGGAUUUAGUCUACAGCGUCUCAACGCAAACAUUCAACAAAACCCCCAUGGACACCUCAAAUUCUAAUUUAUAUGUAUAGGUCAAAAUACUGACAGUUUCUGCUCUCUGUAAUCUUCAUUGUGUCAAACUGCAGCAGACUGAAGGUUUUCGUACCCUGAAAAGUACCACUCUCAGAUGGUUGGCACAGAUGAGGAUUGAUAAACUGAGAAGAAAUGAGUGCAAAACAGAUUAUUGAAGUGUAAUGUGGCCUGUCAUCAGAUUUUAAUUGUAAGAAAACUAAAUCUUCAAUUGCUAGUAAAUGACGAAAUUACAUUCCUUGUGAAGCAGGAUAAGAGUUGUGCAUCUUCAAGCUUGUGUAGUAAAGCAAUCGGUAAUUAAUUUGCUCGUACAUAUUCACCUUUCUGUUCUCUUCAUUACACCUCAUGAUUUUUUUUUUCUGCUUUCUCAUCGUAAAUACUAAGACCAGAGAUAUUGUCCACUUCCCCCCCAUUACUGAAUGAACAGUUCCAUUUAACCACAAAACUACUAGUUGUAGAAUUCUACACUCUACAGGUAUUCUAUGAAGGUGUUCUGAGCUUUUGUUGAUAUUUUUAAAUGUGUGAAGGUUUGGUUUUCUUUGACACUCUUGUCAGAAUGCAACUGUUGUGCUGACUGACAAUGAACUAGUUUGACAGCUGUAGGUGUGCAUGUGAUGGGUUGUUCUUGGCGUUUUGUCUUCAUAGUGUGACUGCCUCAAGUAAAAAGAACU